UCCUUGGAAACGCACUCGGAGCGCAUCUACUACUACGCAGUAAUCUGACAGCAUAUUCUUGUUAACAGCAGCUUCGGGACACAGCACUCUGUCUUAUUAAACAUAAAUAUGUCUAUAUUUACGCCAACGAAUCAAAUACGGCUGACAAAUGUGGCGGUGGUAAGGAUGAAGAAAGGAGGGAAGCGAUUUGAAAUCGCCUGCUACAAGAAUAAAGUUAUGAACUGGAGAGCAGGAGCAGAGAAAGACCUGGAUGAGGUUUUGCAGACAAGCUCGGUCUUCGUUAAUGUGUCCAAAGGUCAGGUGGCUAAGAAGGAUGACUUGACCAAAUGUUUUGGGACAGAUGAUCUGACAGAAAUCUGUAAACAGAUCCUGGCCAAAGGAGAGCUCCAAGUGUCAGACAAGGAAAGGCAUUCUCAGCUGGAGACAAUGUUCAGGGACAUAGCGACUAUUGUGGCAGAGAAGUGUGUCAACCCUGAGACCAAGAGGCCGUAUACAGUCAAUCUCAUUGAGCAGGCGAUGAAGGACAUCCACUACUCUGUAAAGGCCAACAAGAGCACUAAACAGCAGGCUCUGGAAGUGAUCCGGCAGCUGAAGGAGUCCAUGGAGAUCCAGAGAGCCCACAUGAGGCUGCGCUUGGUGCUGCCAGCCAAGGAGGCCAAGAGGCUGAAGGAGAAGCUGAAGACUCUCCUGCAGGUUGUGGAGAGUGAAGACUUUGACGAGGAGCUGGAAAUGGUGUGCCUGGUGGAUCCCGGCUGCUUCAGGGAGAUCGACGAGCUGAUCCGCUGUGAGACUAAAGGCCGAGGUACUCUGGAGGUUCUCAGUCUGAAGGAUGUGGAGGAGGGAGAUGAGAAAUUCUAGUAACCCAACCAGUCCGGACUCUGCGCCUUAUCCACACUAACGCGUCACCGCGGCCCACAAAGUGCAAACUCAUUAAAAAGAUUAAAGAGUCUAUUUUUUUUUUUUGAGGAGAUCCGUGCUAAUUUCUACCAUUCCUGUUUCUGAAUCUCUCCUAUGUUAACAGGAUUUGUUUAACUGACGAAAAAGUUUUGCCAGAUUUGCCUGCUGGUUGGAAUGUAUUUUGGAAAUGUGUUUGAGCAAACUUGCAGGUCAGUAAACAGGUCUGGCCUGUGUUCACAUAUUUAUUCAGUGUUUGAAUUCAGUACCUCUGUAUCACUAACAGAAGGUUUCUGCCUUCCAUCAGACUCUGCGUGCCAUGUAGAGUCCUGCUCAAUAUCCCAGUUUUAUGGAUAAUUACUUUAACUCAAUAACUUAUAUUUUGUCAUAAUGAAUGAGCUUGCUCUGCAGCAAAUAAAUAUGUAACGAAAUAUUUUCUUUUUUUAUGUAUACACAGUGAUCUUCCUAAUAUACAGUUCAUUUGAAAACAAAUCAGUUUUGCAGAAUGCCAAAUUUGUUGCAGCUUUAAGGACAGAAAAGCAUAACAUCCAAACCAGUGACAUUUAUAGCACGACUAUCUGUUGUACCUCUUAUUAAAAAGUGUUGCCUAGCACAAGUA